AUAGACAAAAAAAAAAAUUGUUGCGCAAACUUUUGUCACUAGAGGGCGAACGAUACAAUAAUAAGCGGUUUAACGAAGAUGUGAUCUUUGUGGUCAUUUAGAUGCUUCGUUAGUUUUCGGAUUGUAUUGAAAUUAUCCAAAAAAUUAAUUUUUGAAGACGAGAUCAACAUCAAAAGAGAAAAAUGAAUGAUAAGAGAGAGAGUGGGCGUCUCAAAGAACAGCGAAGAGUUCUGGAUGAAGCAGCUCGUCGAAGGAGACACCAGAAGGCCCUAGAUGCAUUGGAACAGGAUAAUUAUCAUGAUGAUCCACAUGCAAAUCUGGUCAUGCACAAGAAGGCACCAAAGUUUGAAGAGACUUUAGAAUCCAAACGGAGGAAGAAACUAAAAGGAGAACCAUUCAAACAACGAUUCAGAAAAAACUUUAAUGCCUUAUUGGAAGAAGAACAGUUUAACUCUAAUGAAACUCCAAAUUAUCUCAGUGCUUGUGUUCCGCCUUCAAAAUUUCCAAAUAGGCAUUUUUGUUCUGUCUGUGGCUUUCCUUCCAACUAUAAGUGUGUUUCUUGUGGUGCAAGAUACUGUAGUGUAAAAUGUUUGGGAACCCAUCAAGAUACUCGAUGCUUAAAGUGGACUGCUUAAAAAUGUAGAAAGAGAUUUUUUUAUAAAUAAUGUUAUUUUCAAUUAAAUUUUUCCAAAAACCAAAUAUGCUAAUUUUUUCUUUAUACAUAAUUAUUUAAUCUCAAAAGAUUUUCCUUGACAAAGCAUACCACUAUACAAUGUCUAGUGCAAUCUGUUCUGUAAUUUGACAGAUAUAAAGAUCAAAAACACAAAAAACAGUUCAAGGUUAAGUUUUAAUUUUGUAUGGCUGUAUCUUAGAAUCAAUAUUAUUUUUCCAACAAUUUGAAUAAAUA